AUGAGCAAGCAAAUUUCUCUCAUCAAUUUCUUGGUUACUUUGACUAUCUUCGCUUUUGUCUUCUCUUCAUCGGCUAAUGCCACGCCCUUAAAGAGAGCUGCUCCAACAUGCAAUCAGACAGUCGACUAUUGCACAUUUGAACCUCAAAAGGGAAAUAAAUCGCAACAAGUUCUCGGCAUGGUUACUUUUACACGAUUCACCAAUUGCACAGUGAGGGUCACCGGCCAAUUCAAUACAGUUAAUGGCUCUUCGUCCAACUACGAUUUCCAUGUAAUCCGAAGUGUCGCUACGAAAGAUCAGCCCAUCCACGAUUUUGACAACUGUCUUGCUGACCAAAUCAAUCAACCUUUUCAAUGUGAUCUAUCAGCCGGUUCCGUUCCAUUUGACAGUCUCGUAGGUAACCUUUGUGUAGUGAUGUUCGAAAAUGGUCAAGUUGACGAUGUUGUCAAUGGAACUGCUCGGGUCAAACAAGUUUAA